UGGAUAAUAUUGUAUUGCUAAAGUGAUUGUAUUAAAAUGAGGGCCCUUAAAUUAAAUGAUAUUGAACUGUUUGAAUCAGGUCUGAGCCCUGAGAGAGUUCAUUUUUUUACUUGUCAUGUUGAUGCUUUUAAAAGAAUGUGGACAGAAGAAGGCUUAACAUAUUGGCUGAGAUUUUUGAUGACAUUUAAAUCCACACUGGAGAAUAAUGUUGUCAAACGUCCAGAGUGUUGUAUAGUUCCCUUUAGAAUUGGAGCUGUUUUAUUAAAUUUUGUUUACAUAUCUAUUCAUCAAAAAUUCAUAGAAGGAAAAUGUAAUUCUGCAAAUCAAUUAAUAAAACAUAUCUUUACUCUUGCAAGAUUUUUCUCUAAUUUAGCAGAUUCAAAUUCUGUUCACCGGAAUCCUUUUAAUACAAAAGAUAGUCGUGAGGCAUUUCGAAACCUUUUAGGUAAACCUGAUUUUUUAGAAGAUUAUCCUAUGUCAAUGGUGGCUUUUGCCUGCACUGCUUAUUUUGAAUUUGCUGGUGCAAUCUGCUCUCUCUUGAAAAGAUGGAUUUCUGAACCUGACCUGACCGAAGCAGAAUUGAAAAAAGUUGACAUUUCAAAUUAUUACUGGAUGCCUUUUGAAGAGUGGGAAGAGAAGUCGUAUAGUGCAUCAUGUUUUGAGAAAUAUGUAUCAGAUUACUGGGGAGAUGAUUUACCAAGAAUGUUAUUAACAACUAAUGUUAAUAAUACAUUUAAUUCUCACAUAGAAAAAGGAAAUUGCUGCAGUCUUUAUAAGAAAAAUGUGAAUAUUUUUGAUAUUUUUAAAACACAGUGUCAAUUUUUUCAUGCUGAAAAAAAAUGUAUUAUUCCUGUUAAGAUCAUUGUUCCAUCAGUUGUGCAGUGUGAUGAACAUACUGAUAAUUGUUACAUUAAAAUAAAGCAUGAUUCUUCUUGUUCAGAACCAUUUAUAUGUAAUGGUAAGAAACCUUGUGUAUUAGUAUGUGAGUCGUAUAAAGCUGAAAAGUUAAAAAACCAUGAAAUAAAAAAUAUGGGCUGGAAAACAUUUCAUGCUGACACUUUUACAUGUAAACAAAAAAAUAAACGGAAUGUUUGUACUCUUGCCGAAAAUUUUGACAGGAGCAUUGAAACAUAUCUUCUAAAAGAAAAUGAAGAACAUUUUCAAUCAUCUGUAGAUCCAAAAAAGCUCUCUUUAUAUGCUAAAUUAUUCAUAGAAAAAGAAUUAGGUUGCUGUACCUUACCAUUCCUAGAUCCGGAGUGUCUGAAUUAUUUUGAACAAGUUCAACGAAAAAUAGAUUAUAAAAAGAAAUUACAGAAGAAAUUAGCUAAGAAACAUUUGCAGAUUAAUAACAAAUAUGAAACAGAAUGUACAGCAGAUUCUACAGAGUUACUUGAUAUCUGUAAGAAGGCUCAAGAGUUGUUACUGCUGGAUUUAGUUAUUGAUAAAUAUUAUUCAGUUUUGGAUUCCUCUAAAUGUUUCAAUGAAGGUCAGGAAGAAAAUGACACUUUGUGUACUGUGACUGAUGCAAUGAACACAAUUGCACUUGGUACACAUGAUGUAGUUUAUGGUCGAGUAGUACUACCAUUGAAAAAAUUUCACUCUCAGAAAUGUCAAACUGAAUAUUCUGAAUUGAGCCAAGAAAUUUGUAAUGGUAAAAUGCAUCAUUCAAGAGAAAGUUCAAAAAGGAGUAAAUCAGCUAAGAAAUUAAAAUCUGGUAACAAAGUAAUUAAUGGUGAGAAUUUACAGUCAAAAGAAGGUAAUAUAGUUGCUUCUAAUAUUUGUGAACAAGAGAAAAAUAUACAUAUGGUUUCUGAAACCGAAUUGAAAAAUGAUUUUCAAAAGGAUAAGUCAAGUGAAGAAUUAGAGUCUGAAAAUAAAGUUACUGCUGAUAUAGGUUUAGAAAUAAAAGAAAAAAGUUUUUGUGAUUCUAAAUGCAAGGCAAAUACCCAUGUUGAUUCUUGUACAGAACUUCUAAUUUCUAGUGAAAAAGCAAUUACCUCUGUAGAUAACAAUGUAGAUGAGAAAUCUGAUUCAUUUAAAUCUGAAUGUGAUUCACAAUUACUUAUGAGUGGAAGUUCCAGUAUAGAUAUGGUAGAGGAUGUAUCAAGACAUAAUGAAUCUACAGUUGUUGAAUUAAAUGGAGAAAUAUGUGACAGUGAAAACAUUGUUCAAAGUUUUAAUAAAUCUCACCAUUCAGAAUCUGUUCAGUUAAAUUCUUAUAGCAGUUGUGAUGAAAUAUUAUUUGAAAACCCGGAAAGUGAUCACAGUAGGAAUGCUGAUGUAUCCAGCCAAGAUGAAAAACUGGUUGACAAAUUUUUUGCACUCAUUCUCAAUGGAAACCGGACUAGUUCCCCCAUAUGUGAUCCAGUUAGCGAAGUGGUGAAAGACAAAGCAGUGUCUGACUGUUCAGGGGAUAAGAGGAUAAAAUUUAAAACUUGUGCAUAUUGUGGAGAAAAGGAAGUUAAAUGUAAAACUUUUAAAAGAUGCUCUAGGUGUAAAGUUGAGAAUUUUAAACAACAGCGUUAUUAUUGUUCUCGUGAUUGUCAGGUCAGUGAUUGGGAAGAAUCUCACCGAGAUGAACAUUCAAAGCAGACCUAGAAUUCCGUAAUUGAAUGUUAGAGCAAGAAGUGUCAUAAUUUUUUAAUAUUUUCUAUACCUUUUGAAAAAUUUUUGCAGUUAUGUCUUAUAUGUGAUUUAUUGCAUAAGUUUUAUAAUUAAUAUAAAUCAAAAUAUGCUAUUUUUCAAUUAUUUAUGACUUAAAGAGGUUAGAAGAUGUCUAUGUAGAUAAUUUAUUCAAUUACAAAAUGUAAAUUUAGAAACCCGCCUUUGCCCUUUUCAUAAAGGUUUGACUAUAAUAGUAGAUUUUACAAAUUGCUAAAGAAAUUCAGAUUGAAAUAUUUUCUCCCCCCUUUCCUUUUUUUGGUGUUGGAAUUUUGUUUUUGUUUAUAAAUUUUAGAGGGUAGCAGAAAUAUUUUAUUUUAAUUAAAAAAAGGUAAAAGUAAAGUGCAUAAGCCAAUGACUGAUUUAAUUUUUACUAAACUGCCUCACUUAAUUUAUGAUUAUUAUUUUAAAGCUAUGUUUUGUUAUAUUUUUAAGUUCUAUAAAUUUUGUAUAGCAGCAAUAUUAAUUGUUAAUAUGUGUAUUACAACAAGGAAUAACCUGCUGUUUGAAGUAUAUCAUUUAGAUAACUUUGGAGCCAUCAGAUGUAGGAAACAACAACAGCAAAAAACCUGUUAUUUUUCAUAAGUAAUUUAAAAAUAUUUUUUACAACUUUUUGUAUGCAAAUUUGAAUUUUGUUGUGCUUCAAGUUCAUGAUAUAGUCUUUAUAUUUCGAGUUACUUACAAAAGUUAUGGGACACAUAACUUUUGUAAAUAAGUCAAUGUAACAAAGUUAACUGUUAUAAACAAGUGUUUAUUUUAUUUAUAAAAUGUUUAGUUUUUAAACACUUAAAAGAAAAUAAAUAAGCUAAAAAUUGUUAGUAUUGCACUUUGGAGUUUGUUAGAAUAUGCUGUGGUGAGAGUUAUACAUUUCAUGAUGAUUUUAAUUCAUUUGCUAAUAAAACAUGCUUAUAAGCUCCUGAUAGUAUCUGCUGUAUUGGAGAAUUAAAAUUCUGCAAAGAGUUUCCACCCUUUAGGGAGGAAAAAAAAAGAGAGGUAGUUUGUGUGUUUCAUCGAUAUUUCUAUUAUAAUGUAAUGAGCGAUGAUGGUGGGCAGUGUUAGAAUAUACAAAUGUUGUUAUGUGUUCUGUUUCUGUAAGUAUUGAUGGUAAGCAUAUACAAGUAUCUCUAAUUUCAAAAUUUAUUGAAACGUUGUGUAAAAUAGUCUUGAUGCUGUGACUAGAAAGAAUUUCACAAAAUAAAAUCUGACUUUUUAUGUUACUGUGAUAAAGUAAAAAUUUCAAUUUUCUUUAUAUCAUUAAAAAAAGAAAAGUUUAAAAAAAGUCUACAUCUUUUAAAGUACUUCUUUAUUUCCUUGAUGAAAUGUUUUAUUUGUUGAAUAUACUUGAGUUUUGCAAAUAAAAUCACAUUUGUAAAUUGAAAAAUUAAAAUGCAAUGAGUAUAUUAGUAAUUGGGAUUUUUAAUUUACAGAAUUUAUUCAUUUAAGCAGAAUCUUUUAUGACCUGUAGUGUGAAACUUUAUCAUACGAUUUUGUAUUUUUUUUUUUUUUAAGGAACUAUAUAACUGGAAAAAUUUAUCUGGGAUCAGUAUUUAAAGAAAUGAAUUCUGUGGCUGUCUUUUUCAAAUAAUAAAUUGCCUAUAUUAUACUAUAGGUUUUUCAAAUAUUCUAUAGUGACUGUAUAAAAUCUGCUAUUUAUUCGUUCUUGAAAUAUGAUAGAUAAAUUGAUAGCAAUAUUUUUACUGUUGUAUGAGAAUUUAUCAUAAUUUGAGAUCAUUGUUUUCUGCAUAAUUCCUUGGUUUAAUAAGAAUUAUGUAAUUUAGUCUUAACUUUUGUAAAAUAUUUCUUAUGAAUUGCACAUUGAGGAUUAAUGAUAGGAUUUUAUGAUGUUUUUGUGAAAUAGGUACCUUUAAAAGUGUUUUUUUAUCAAAUUCAGUCCCUUAAAAAAUCAUGAACAAAAUUAAUAAGUUUUAAUGUCUGUUCGAUUAAUACAACAGUUCUCAACUUUUUUUUUUUUUUGCUCCAUGUAUCCCUUUCACCAUUGCUAGACAAUGAUUCCCCUCUUCCUUUCAACAACUUGAAAACUAUAGAAAAUGUUGAUAAAUACCAAAACUUGAAUAAAAGUAGCAUUUUAUUUUCAUGAACUAAAACUAAAUACAUAAGAGGUAAAUAAAAGAUUGAUCACAUCCUGCUGAAACUAUGAAAUUUCCCUCAAGGCAAGAAAUUGUCUAUGGUUGGGAACCCGAUAGUACCGUAGAUGUUAACUAGAUUCAGGUUCAGUCUAUACUGUAACAAGACUGGUAUAAUAAUUGUAAUUACUUGUGUGAUUCUCUCCUUAUCUCAUAGGUAGUUUGUAUAUUGUUUCAUCUAGUUGAAAGAUUUACAACUCUGUGUGUUCUAUUUCAACUUGCUUGAUUUUAGAAAACAAUAAAGCAGCAUAUGCAAGUGCAUGUUAAAGUUAAUUUAAGAAAAAGGGACAAAGAUCUUGUCACUUAGGCAACACCAGACAUAAAUCUUAAGAAAAUCUCAAUUGUAUUGAAGUGUCAUAUGUGGAUUUUCCAAAUAUGCAUAGUAGCAAUACAAUUAAAACACAUAACUGUUUUGUAUGACUGAAUUAAAGUACUUUCAGUCAUUCAUACUUCACAGAAAUCUCAUGAAAUCCCUCAUUUAUUCUUGGAUACCUGUACAAUAUAAGUCUUUAAGCACUCAUUUGUAAUUUUGUAAAGUAAAAUCUUUCAUGAUACUCGCAUCUGAAAGCAACUGGUAUUUCUGUGAAUAUAAACAAACAUCAGUAUUGAAUAUUACUGAUAAUGAUUGUUCUGUAAUGCAGCUGAUUCACAGAAGCUUUGUAUUGCAGAAAUGUGAGUGGUCAUUUUUAAGGCGAUUUCAUUGUAUUUAUAAUUUAAUGUAGAAUUGUAAUGUUUUUCAAGACUGUAUUUGUAAAAUAAAUGAAAAUAUUUUAACCAUUUUA